AGGUAUCACGGCCACCCUGUGCACGCCCUCGAGGUCGUCGAGCGGCAGCUGCGCGCGCAGGACAAGCCGAACCUCGUGUUCUUCGCCGGCGACUCGAGCCUGGACAACAAAUUCUGGUUCGAGAACCGCGCGAGGGCCGCGAACGGCUACGAGCACAUUUUGCGGCCGCCUGAGAGCAAAUUGGAUGUGGCCUACCACGUCAACAAACUACUCGAGGCGCGGAAUCCGCGCUGGGCCUGCGUCAACACGGCCGUCGAGGCGACGAGUCUGAAUGAUCGGGCGUUCGGCAGACUGCUCGAGCAGGAUCAGUUCCUGCGGGAUUCGGUGCGCGAGACGGACGCCGUCGUGAUCAGCGUCGGCGGGAACGAUAUCGCGCUCGCUCCCCUAUUGUGCACGUGCUGCAACGUGGCGCCGCUACUCUGCAUCGGAGGCCUCUGCGGCGACGCGAUCGACCGCUGCGCCUGCGCGUGCCCGCCGGACGUCUACACGCCCUGCGGGGGCGCCACGGACUGCGGCUGCUGCCUGUGCGGGCUGCCCGGCUGCCUGACGGGGUUGUGUGGGUUCCCUCCGGGCCUGGGGUAUUUCGUGGACUUAUUUGGAAAUCGGGUGAGGGCGUACGCUUCAAAUUUGGUGGCGAAGAAGAAGCCGCGCGUCGUCGUGAUAUGCAUGAUCUACUACCUGGAUGUAAAUGGGCGCGGCUCGUGGGCCGACGCGACCCUGCAGUUGCUCGGCUACAACUAUGCGCCGGGCGUCUUGCAGCGGGGGAUCCGGCAGGUCUAUCGGAACGCGACGAAGCGGAUACGCCUGAAUGGCGUUCCUGUUGUUGCUUUGCCGUUGUUCGAGGUCUUGGACGGCUCCGACACGCGCGACUACGUCCAGCGCGUCGAGCCGUCGCCGACCGGGGGCGCAAAGCUCGCAAAGGCCAUCGUCGACGCCGUCCUCGACGCGACC